UCCAACGCACAUAUUUAGGCUGUUGCCACGGGAGACAUUGCAGAACCACUUGUCAUGGGGAACAGGUUUUGGGGUCCCUGCGUUUUCAUACUCGUUUUCCACGAGGCGGCUGGCUUUAGCAUCAGGAAUGAGCUGCUGGGUAAGUGUGUGCAGGUCCUGGUCCAGGAGGGGCAUCCCGGGAGCAGGGUGGUGCUGGGGGAGUGCAUCCCUGGUUCAGCGCUGCAGGAGUGGCAGUGGCUCCCUGAGCGCCUAGCCCUGAGCAGCUUGCUCACAGGAGAGUGUCUGAGUGGCCAGGAGCAUGAUCUGAGUGUCAGACUGCACCACUGUGACCCUGGGAAUGAGGAGGGAGCUGGGGCUGCAGGUGGCGAGGUGGGCAGGGAAGGCCAGGCAUGGGCCUGCUCUAAGAAGGGCCACCUCACACUGCAAGGAAAGGGGCUUCACCUCAGCGCUCCUCACGUGUCCUCUAAGUCGUCUAAGGUCUUCCUCUCCAAAGAGCGUAGACAGGCCAGCAAGUGGAGAACGCUGGGCAACCAUACUGUCUGUGGGAAUAGAGCCAGCCAUCGCCACAGGUCCACACAAACUGCUGCUCUGCCCUCCUCAACAAGUACCCCUUCCAAUAUAAACAGCCAACCACAGUCGAUUCCCGGGGAUGAUGUUGUUUCCCCUAACACCACUGGAAUGGACAUUGGGACAGAGCACUCUCAUCUGGUUGAAAGCACCAUGGACCCUGAGGGCCCCUCAAUGACAUUCUUCAACACUGAGUAUGGGUUUGGCUGGAAAGUGACCAUGCUGGUGCUGAGCUCCCUGGCUCUGGUGCUGGGGACUGUCAUGCUCUUACUUAACAUCUACCACAACAGGAAGAAGAAAGUAGUGUGUGUGCUGAAGUCGUACACUCCUACGGGGCUUGUGAGUCAGCCGGGGUCCCCUGUGCUCAGCGAGAGAGCCCCCCUCACUCAGCACCCCAUGCGGCCGGCCCACUCUCCCUCGCUACAGCGGGGAGAGAUCUUGAUCAAGUGGAAGGACGGUACCGUCACCCCGCUGUUCGACAACAACAGUUACCUGACUGACUGAAGGGUGUGUGUGUGUGUGUGUGUGUGUGUGUGUGUGUGUGUGUGUGUGUGUGUGUGUGUGUGUGUGUGUGUGUGUGUGUGUGUGUGUGUCCUUGUAGAGAGAAAGAGAAGCAAAGGGAAUCUGAAAAUCUAUUUAAGAGUCUGAGAGGUGCACAGUGAACACACAUAUUUCAAUGCAUUUCAAUAUAACAUUUUACAAGUGUGCUGAUGUGAGUCAGCAUAACGGUUAUGUUACACUUUUAACACAGGAACAUUCGGAAAAAUAUGCACAUCCAUCUUAUCAGGUGCAGAGCAAAAGAAACUAUCAAAGAAAAAAUGUAUGUCUGCAACUCUGGUAUGCUCCCAUGGUGUUUUAAUCAGACAACGGUUAGAUCCGAGUUGGAUCUUUGCCAGGUCACAUUUUCAACCCACACAUUUCAUGGAAUGUCUGGAAAUCCCUCACUUCCCUUAGAAGUAUCUGGUCUAACUGAGAUGAAAGGUAGCAAUGAAGUCCUGCCAGUAGAUAUAGCUGGACCUGGUUGAAGGACCGUUACGGAAUAUUCCAAACCGCUGAUGAACUAGACAAACAGGCUUUCCCUCUAACUAAGUACUCGUCAAAAGUUUGGACACACCUACUCAUUCAAGGGUUUGUCU